GUAGCGCUGCCGCCUGAGCCCGACUGGCCCGAGCGCCUGAAGGGCAAGAGCAUCGCCUGCGACGGGUCGCGUUCGACGCCACUGAGGCUGACGCUCGAGCAGGUGCUGGACGGACUGCCGCCGCCUGGGGUCGCGGCCUCCACCGAAGCCGCCGACCUGGCCGCGGGCUUCGCGCGCGCCGCCGCGCUGGGCGCGACGCUCGUCCUGCUUCCGCCCGCUGAGCGGCGAGCGGCGGCCACCUCGGCGCGCGUCUGGGUCUCGGCGGAGGAGUGGCACCGCAUUGUGGAUGCCCUUUGCACGCGUGGCAUAGCUGGUCCCACAGAGCAGUCGAAGAUCGCGACGCGGGACGGGCGGCCUCUGCUGAACGGCGCCUUUGGCGCCGUCAAGCCGCGCGACCCGCUGGCGCGCCGCCGGGGCGGCGCGGGCGGGCCCGCCUCAAGGCCGAUCACGAACCUGAUCCCGCCCAACGCCUGCCGGGCCGCGACGCAGAGCGAAGCCCCCGAGCUGCCGACCACGAGCCAGCUGAACGGUCUGGCCCUGGCCGAGACGGAGGACCUCCCGUCGAGCGGCGCCGACCGGAAGGCCAAUUUCUACGUCUUCCGCGCCCCUGGCCCGCGGCGGCCGCGCACGGCGCUCGGGGCGCCGGCCCCCGCCGACCUGGUGGGCGGUCAAGCGGGCGCGUCCACCCACGUCUGCCUGAAGGUGACCGGCAUGGGGUGGAUCAGCGCGGCGGGGGCCACGACUCACCGGCGUCGCAACAUGCGAGCUUGGCUGGUCUACAUCGACAACCUGGAGAUCGCCGAGGUCGCCGGCAAGAGCGAGGCAGCCGAGCUGAAGGGGGCCGCGCCGUCGCCGCUGACCGAAGCGCGCGCCUGCCGCGAGCAGGUUGGCUCCCGUGGCCCCCCAGGCAAGGACAUCCACCGGGUCGCGCGCGCCACUGCCCUCGGCGAGCUCGUGGACGGCAUGGAGGGCAUCCGUCGCCCCCUCGAGGGCUGUUACCUGACAGACGGCCGCGCCGGCCUGGGCGCUGCAUGGAACUUGCUCCUCUCCUCAGCGCUAUCCGCCCUGUGCGUGGCGGACCUCAGGCUGAAGGUCGACCAUCUUGUCGCGGCCUCCGACGCCUCCGAGAUGGCGGGCGCGGAGGAGACGGCACUCAUCGCCCUCUUCGACGGGAUUGGCGGGGGACGGCGCGCCCUGGAGAUCCGAGGCCUCGCCCCGGCGAUCCACCUCUCGUUCGAGAUCGACGCCGCCGCCGUCCGCGCGGCAAGGCGCGCGAUCCCGAGCACGAUCCACCUCGGCGAUGCGAGCGCCGCCGACCCGCGCGACCUCGCCAAGCGCAAGAGGGGGCGGGGCCGUAUCUUGCGGGUCUUGGUCAUGGGCGGAUGGGCGGCUUCCCGCGCCAAGGACGCGCUGCGCUCGAC